AUGGUUUUACUGAGCUCGACCUCGGGGCCCUCGUACAGCUACGUGGUGGUGGGGGCGGGGUCUGCAGGCUGUGUCCUGGGCAGCCGUCUGUCUGAGGACCCCCAUGAGUCUGUGCUGCUGCUGGAGGCCGGACCCAAAGACCUCCUGCUGGGAAGUGUGCGCCUGUCCUGGAAGAUCCACAUGCCCGCCGCCCUCACCUACAACCUCUGUGACGACAGAUAUAACUGGUUCUACCACACUGAGCCUCAGCCGCACAUGGACGGCCGGUCGCUGUACUGGCCCCGGGGCCGAGUCUGGGGCGGGUCUUCGUCUCUGAACGCCAUGGUCUACAUCAGGGGCCACGCCGAGGACUACAACCGCUGGGAGAGAGAGGGGGCCACGGGCUGGGACUACGACCACUGCCUGCCCUACUUCAGGAAGGCCCAGAGUCACGAGCUGGGGCCAGACAGGUACCGUGGGGACAGUGGUCCUCUCAAAGUGUCCCGGGGGAAGACCCAGCACCCUCUGCACCAGGCGUUCAUCGAGGCGGGGCAGCAGGCCGGGUACCCCUUCACCUCAGACAUGAACGGGUACCAGCAGGAGGGGCUGGGCUGGAUGGACAUGACGGUGCACAAGGGGAAACGCUGGAGCUCCGCCAGUGCGUACCUGCGGCCGGCCCUGGGGCGUCCCAACCUGAGGACCGAGGUCCGCUGCCUCACCACCCGAGUGCUGUUCCAGGGAAACAGAGCAGUGGGAGUGGAGUAUGUGCAGAACGGACAGAAGAAGAAGCGGUGA